AUGCGCUUGCUCCAACAGAUUGAAGGAAGUCUUGCUAACAGAAUCAGUGUGUGGAUAAUACUAGCCGCACAUAAACUGAUUUACAUUGGCGACAAUAUUGCUCAGUGCGUAUCAGCUGGUGAACUGAGUACUGAAGUGCGAGCGGCCUCUGAUCGACUAUGUAAUGUAUUGAAAAAUUGCGUUCAGGCAACCAAGCAUGCCGCUGACGAGUACCGAUCAGUAUCAGCAAUGCAGUCGAUGGUUGACUCUAUUGUAACGGUAUCGCAUGCGGCACACGAUCUGAAGUUGCUGGUGAAACAGUGUUGUGAUUAA